CAAAUAAGAACAAAACAAGACACAAUUUUCUCUGUUUUUCUAGCUCUCUCUUCUCUAAGUUUCCUUUCUUUCACUCUAUUUUGGCGAAUCGUGCCACGUCAAGAUGGACUUUGACGAGGAGCUAAAUCUUUGUAUUACGAAAGGUAAAAAUGUGGAUCAUUCUUUUGGAGAAGCUUCUUCCACGUCCCCAAGAUCUAUGAAGAAAAUGAAGAGUCCUAAUCGUCCUACACCCUAUUUCCAAUCUUCUUCUUCUCCUUAUUCAUUAGGGGCUUUCCCCUUUUCUCUCGAUCCAACACUUCAGAAUCAGCAGCAACAACUCGGAUCAUACGUUCCGGUUGAGCUACAACACGACCCGACAAUGCAAGGACAGAAGCAAAUGAUCUCGUUUAGUCCUCAACAACAACAGCAGCAGUAUAUGGCCAAGUACUGGAGUGACACAUUGAAUUUGAGUCCAAGAGGAAGAAUGAUGAUGAUGAGCCAAGAAGCUGUUCAACCCUAUAGCGCAACCAAGCUGUACAGAGGAGUAAGACAACGUCAAUGGGGAAAAUGGGUCGCAGAGAUCCGUAAGCCACGAAGCAGGGCACGGCUUUGGCUUGGUACCUUUGAUACAGCUGAAGAAGCUGCCAUGGCCUACGACCGCCAAGCCUUCAAAUUGAGGGGCCACAGCGCAACACUGAACUUCCCGGAGCAUUUUGUGAAUAAGGAAAGCGAGCUGCAUGAUUCAAACUCAUCGGAGCAGAAAGAGCCUGAAACGCCGCAGCCAAGCGAGGUUAACUUGGAAAGCAAGGAACUAGCGGUGAUUGAUGUUGGGAGAGACGAAGGCAUGGCUGAGGCGUGGUACAAUGCGGUUACAUCUGGAUGGGGUCCUGAAAGUCCCCUUUGGGAUGAUUUGGAUAGUUCUCAUCAGUUUGCAGAAAGCUCAUCUUCUUCUUCUCUUGCUUGUCCUAUGAGACCUUUCUUUUGAAAAAAGGUUAUAAGCCCACAUUGUGUUGUAGGUUGUAGUUUAGGGUUGUACUCAUUAGCAUUUGGAUGGAGACAGUUUUUGUGAUCUCCUACUUCACACAUCAGUCAUUAUAUAUGUCUCUACCUUUCUCUCUGUAUUUCUAUCAUUAUCAUUGAUUUUAAUAUAUUAUGUGUCUGUGU